AUGGAAGUUCUACUGAUGGGUUUUAUACGUCCAAUGUCCGCCUUUGCUAAUAUAGAGGAACUGCGAGCUGCCAUCAACUCGGAUAUUCUAACAGCAGAGAACGCAUUAGCAAAUGCCGAUAUUGCAUCACUCGUUUCACAUUUUUUUGCAUGA